UCCGUUUCAGGCCUGUUCCGGGUGGACGCCAUCCCGACCCUACGUCCAGGGCAGCCCCGGUGGUAGUGCGUCUACCGGCGAGCAGAAGGGGCCAGUCUCGCUCCCGGAACGGAGGCGGUGCACCCCUCGUUUCCCGGGGGCCCGAGCCUGUUGCACCGCGCCCCGCCCCUCACACGGCCACGUCUCCGCCUGUAGCCUCCGGGGCCGCCGCCGCGGCUGCCGCAGCGCCAGGGUACCACACUAUUUGUUAGCUUGACUUCAAGCCAUUUAUGAGACUUCCUAUAAACUUUCUCCACAAAAUGAGAAACACAGAGCAGUCCUUCAGAAGGGCUCUUGGCUGUUGCUAAUGGAGAGAAGCCACAUUUACAAGCAGUUCCUCUAGAGCCCUGUGUCCCGUCAGCCUGUGCUUGGUGGCCAUGGACAGUGCAUCUGCUGUGCGGGGUGGCCUCGGGGAGCACGGGUCCCACAGUGGCACCUCCGCUCACCCAGAGGCCGUCCUGCAGCCCCCAGGCACGGUGGUGCUGCUCGACCGGCAAGACGAAGCCCGGAGUGUCAAUGUGAGAGUAAACAAAAUUUCAAAUGAAAGAGAAAGCCUGGAUGUGCCCAGCAAGGGGGACGUCUGCCAGAAUGGGCCAGUGUCUCAGGCCCCAGAGCCCCCACUGUCUCCUGAUCCUGCCACAAGCCCAGCGGGUCCCAAUGCAUCCCCAGGUGUGGCUGGUUUCCAUGACAACCUAAAGACGGCUCAGGGAACUAGUGCUGAGGGCAGUAUUAGAAACGAAGCUUUGCAGUCUCUCAAACUAAGUCUUCCUAUGCAAGAAACGCAACUGUGCUCAGCAGAGGCUUCCCUGCCCCUGGAGAAGGAGGAGCAGGUCCGCCUGCAGGCUCGGAGGCGGCUGGAAGAACAGCUGGAGCAGUACCGAGUGAAGCGGCAGCGGGAGAGAUCCCAUCAACCUGCAACUAAAACAAGACCUUUUAGCACCCUUGAUCCUGAGCUCAUGCUAAAUCCAGAAAACCUACCAAGGGCCAGUGCCGUGGCUAUGACAAAAGAAUAUUCCUUCUUGCGCACCAGUGUUCCCCGGGGGCCGAAGGUGGGCAGCUUAGGGCUCCUGGCUCAUCCUAAAGAGAAAAAAAGUUCCAAAUCAAGCAAAAUUCGGUCUCUGGCUGAUUACAAAACUGAGGAUUCAGGCACUGGGAGCUCUGGCGGGAACAUGCUGGCUGCUGACCCAAUCAGGGGCUCCGUGAAGCAGAACAGAAGUGGCGUGGCAUCCGUGGUGUCCGAGAUCAGCCUGCCUCCGGACGCCGAGAACCGUCUGGAGGACGCCUUGCUGGCUGGAGACGGUGUGUCCGAGGCUGACGGAAGUGAGGCCGGGGUGAGGCUGGAUGGGGACGACAGCGACAGCUCAUCGUACAGCAGUGUCUCCAUUCGAGGGGUGGUGGGCAGUCGGGAGGCUUCCUAUGUGGUCAAUGGCCAGGAGAUCACCGUGGAGGCCAUGGGCCGGUUUCCUUCGAUUAAGGACGUCCUCCAGGCUGCGGCAGCCGAACAUCGCGGUCAAAGGCGGGAGAUUGACGGAGAAGGGCAGAGCCGGAGGGACAGCAUUUCCAGCAGCGCAUCCCUGGAGAGCUCUGUUGCUGAAACUCAUGAUGAAAUGCUGCAGGUUCUUAAAGAAAAAAUGAGGCUUGAAGGACAGCUGGAAGCUUUAUCAUUAGAGGCCAGUCAGGCACUUAAGGAAAAGGCAGAGCUGCAAGCACAGCUUGCCGCCCUCAACACGCAGCUUCAGGCGCAGGCCGAGCACAGCCGCAGCAGCCAGCAGGAGCAGGACUCCCUCAGCUCUGAAGUAGACACCUUGAAGCAGUCUUGCUGGGAUCUGCAGCGAGCAAUGACUGACCUGCAAAGCAUGCUGGAAGCCAAAAACGCUAGCCUGGCCUCCUCCAACAACGAUCUGCAAGUGGCAGAGGAGCAGUACCAAAGGCUCAUGGCCAAAGUGGAAGACAUGCAGAAAAGCAUGCUCAGUAAGGACAGCACGGUGCAUGACUUGAGACAGCAGAUGACAGCCUUGCAGAACCAACUACAACAGGUACAGCUGGAGCGCACAGCCCUGACCAGCAAGCUGAAGGCCUCCCAGACGGAGAUUGCAUCUCUGCAGAGCAUCCGGCAGUGGUACCAGCAGCAGCUUGCCCUGGCACAGGAGGCCCGGGUCAGGCUGCAGGGUGAGAUGGCCCACAUCCAGGUUGGACAGAUGACCCAGGCAGGCCUCCUGGAGCACCUGAAGCUUGAGAACGUGUCCUUGUCCCACCAGCUGACGGAAACACAGCACAGGUCCAUUAAGGAGAAGGAGCGCAUUGCUGUCCAGUUACAGAGCAUCGAGGCCGACAUGUUGGACCAGGAAGCUGCCUUUGUUCAGAUUCAAGAGGCCAAGACGAUGGUGGAAGAGGACCUCCAGAGGAAGCUGGAGCAGUUUGAGGACGAGAAGGAGCAGCUGCAGAAAAUGGCUGACUCCGCGGCGUCCCUGGAGCAGCAGCUGGAGCAGGUAAAGUUGGCAUUGCAUCAGCGAGACCAGCAGCUGGAAGCUUUGCAGCAGGAGCACCUGGAGCUGAUGAAGCAGCUCACCGUGACCCAGGAGGUCUUGCAGACCCGGGAGCAGUCCCUCAGCGACCUGCAGACACACUACGACGAGCUGCAGGCACGGCUGGAGGAGCUGCAGGGGGAGGCCGCCUCCAAGGACGAUGCGAUCCACUUCCUGCAGAAUGAGAAGAUCGUCUUGGAGGUGGCUCUGCAAGCGGCCAAGAGCAGCAAGGAGGAACUUGAUAGGGGAGCGAAACUCCUGGAAGAGGGUGCUGAGGAAACGUCGGAAACUUUAGAGCAGUUAAGACAAGAAUUGGCUGUAAAGUCCAGCCAGGUGGAGCACAUGCAGCAGGAAACUGCCACCCUGAAGAGGCAGACGCAGAGAGUCAAGGAGCAGUUUCUUCAACAGAAGGUGAUGGUGGAAGCUUACCGGCGGGAUGCUACCUCCAAAGACCAGCUCAUCAGUGAGCUGAAAGCUACCAAGAAAAGGCUGGACUUGGAGGUGAAGGAGCUGAGGCAAGAGCUGAUUAAACUGCAAGGUGAAAGGAAGUCUGUGGAGGUGGAGCACUCCCAGCUGCAGAAGGAAGUCUCACGGGUGCAUCAGCAGAUGGCCGGCCUUGAAGGGCACCUCCAGUCGGUGCAGAAGGAGCGUGACGAGAUGGAGGCGCAGUUACAGUCUUUGCAGUUUGAUAAAGAGCAGAUGACCACUCUUACAGAGGCGAAUGAGGCGUUAAAGAGACAGAUAGAAGAACUGCAGCAAGAAGCCAGGAAGGCCAUCACCGAACAGAAGCAAAGGAUGAAAUGUCUGGGCUCGGACUUGACCAGUGCACAGAAGGAGAUGAAGACCAAGCACAAAGCCUACGAAAACGCUGUGGGCCUCCUCAGCCGCCGCCUGCAGGAGGCCCUCAGUGCCAAGGAGGCCUCGGAAGCUGAGCUGAGCAGGCUCCGAGCCCAGGUCGCGGACGGCAGCAGCAGCCUCACUCUACGUGAAAGAAUUCAGAGCCUGGAGGCAGAGCUGCAGACGGUGGGUCAGGGCAAGGCGAUGCUGGAGAAGGAGCUCCAGGAGAUCAUUUCACUGACCAGCCAGGAGCUGGAGGAGUACCGGGAGAAGGUGCUGGAGCUUGAGGACGAGCUUCAGGAAUCCAGAGGCUUUAGGAGGAAGAUCAAGCGUCUUGAGGAAAUGAAUAAAAAGUUGGCCCUUGAGUUAGAGCACAAGCGAGGGAGGCUUACGGGCCUGGGACAGUCCAACGCAGCUCUGCGGGAGCACAACAGCAUCCUGGAAACAGCCUUAGCCAAGAGGGAGGCCGACCUCGUCCAGCUGAAUCUUCAGGUGCAGGCAGUUCUGCAGCGCAAAGAGGAGGAGGAUCGCCACAUGAAGCAGAUGGUCCAGGCCUUGCAGAUGGCACUGGAGAAAGAAAAGGAGAGAGUGAACAGCCUCAAGGAGCAGGUUGCUGCCACCAAGGCUGAAGCCGGGCACAGCCGCCGCCACUUCAGGGCCGCCACCUUGGAGCUGAGUGAGGUGAAGAAGGAGCUGCAGGCCAAAGAGCAGCUGGUGCAGAAGCUGCAGGCCGAGGCCGACAGCCUGCGGAUUCAGGAGGGGAAGCAGUCUCAAGAAAUGGUGCAAUUCCAGGAGGAGUUGGCCGAGGCCAGGACCCAGCUUCAGCUCCUGCAGAAGCAGCUGGAUGAGCAGCUGAGCAGACAGCCCGAGGGAAACCAAGAGAUUGAAAAUCUCAAAUGGGAAGUGGAUCAGAAAGAGAGAGAAAUCCAGUCCUUGAAGCAGCAGCUGGACUCAACUGAACAGCAGGGUAGAAAAGAAUUGGAGGGGAUCCAGCAGUUGCUGCAGAAUAUCAAGUCUGAAUUGGAGAUGGUGCAGGAAGAUCUGUCCAUGACUCAGAGAGAGAAGUUUAUGCUCCAAGCCAAAGUGUCCGAGCUGAAGAACAGCAUGAAGACGCUGCUCCAGCAGAACCAGCAGCUGAAGCUGGACCUAAAACGAGGCUCCGCAAAGAAGCAGAGAAAGGAGCCGAAGGGAGAGGCCAGUCCCUCCACCCCCGUGACCCCGGUUAAGAUCCCUGAUUGCCCUGUCCCAGCCUCGCUGCUGGAGGAGCUGCUGAGACCCCCGCCCGCCGUGAGCAAGGAGCCCCUGAGGAGCUUGAAUAGCUGCCUCCAGCAACUGAAGCAGGAGAUGGACAGCCUGCAGCGCCAGAUGGAGGAGCACACCCUCACCGUGCACGAGUCUCUGUCCUCGUGGACUCAGGGCGAAGGCCACCUCGCGGACCCCACCCUGGCCAGCGAGGACGUGGAUCCCAGGGAUGCCAGCCGGGAACCCCGACGGGGCAGCACCCCUAAGGGGGCACAGGGGCAGUGACCGCAGAGCGCCUCCACCCGCCGCGCUGCUUGUGACGAUGUAGAGGAGUGUUCCUUUAUCGAGAUUAUUUAUUUGAUUGUGUUUUCUAUGUUUUCCUAAGAGAUGAAAUUUUAAGUUUUGCUUUUGCCUUCAAAAAGGAGUAAAAUAAUAGAGGCAAGGGUUAUGGAAACAGUUACUUGCAGGCCACAAUUAGCUUUUCCCACAAAGUGACCAAAUUUUAAAAACCUGCUUUAGGUCUCGGAAACGUGUCCACGUGUCUGCAGGGUCAUUCGUGGAGGUGAUGCCUCGUGCGCGGUGACUGGGCUUGCGGUGGGUCACGCCAUCAGCAGGUGGACGCACGGACGAUCCCCAAUGGCGCCCCAGGACGCGGCAGCGCAUGGUGUCAGUUCCUGCUUGAUCGCUGAGAGCUUUACUUCCCUACAGAAAUGAGAGUAUUUAAAUCUGUAGCUUUUUCUUUUCUUUUUUUUUUUAUAGCCAUGCCACCAUAGGAUGUAUAUAUAAAUAUUGAAAAUCAUUAUCUAAUCUUUAAGAAAUAUAUGCUUAUAUUAUUUAAGAAUGUCCUGAAUUGUCUCUUUCUCAAUGGCCUUUUGGAAAUUUGCCGCUAAGAAAUAAUGUACAUGUAUGAUUUAGGGACUUCAGUCAGAAAACUCUAUUUUGAGAAAUAUAAUUGUUUUCUUUACUGUGUCUUCUAAAACCAAAUAUUCUCACACAGAAGGGUUUUUUUGUUGUGGUUUUGGUACUAGUUUGAGUCUUGCCCUGCACUGCGUGCUCUCUAAACUGCCCUGCCUUUGCAGGUCGGACCCCUGGCCUGUGACAUCUGCUCCGGGCCCAGGCGCCCCUGGACACAGGGCCACGUCCUCAUAGCUGCCAGCAGGCGGGCGGGCUGCAGAGCACCAUGGAGGAGGGGAGGAGGAGGGCGAGAGCCCGCAGGGGGCCCUGUGCUCCUCACCCUGUCACACUCGCAGGGCCAGGCAGUGUGCUGUCCUGCCCCAGAGAAGCCCCGGGUUCUGGGUGGGACCCUGCACUAGGGGGAGAGCUGGUGUGGCCCUGAGGUGUCGCCUGGAAACCUGCGUGAUUCUAAAGGAGGACAGGGCGGGUGCUGUGCGCUUCCUGCUACAGCCUCCGCCUUGCAGAGGUUUAUAAAAGCAGCCCCCCCCCCCGACGUUUGCUGAGAAAAUCUAAACUAAUAUUUAUUAUGAACUGGAGAAGAAUGGAACCCUGUGGUCUGCGUGUGGACUGACUGGUUUGCAGAUGAAGUUGGGAAGUGUCACUGACAGCCCAGAAGCCCUUGUUUAUAUAUUACUUGUGUAUAUUUUGUGAGAAAGCAGUAUGGUAUUCUUCAGCUGUUCAUGUGCUCUUGUAACAUGUUGUUAGGAGGUUAAUCGAUAAGGUUAAAGUAGCGUUCAUUGCAAAGAUGUUUAGUGCUUAAAGAAGAAAUUCCCUAGCAAGUAUUGGAAUUGCUAAAACACGAACAUCAUUUGUAUAGGGUUAAUCUUGAAAUAAUACUUGAAAAGUUCAUUAUAAAUCUAUCUUACUUUUUAAUCUUUUUGCUAAAUUGUUUUUGUGCCAUUAGAAAGGAAAAAUGGUAAUUUAUGUUCUUAUUUAUUUGGGUUAUGUCAUCCUAGGUUUUAAUUUUAAAACCGGGAAAUAACCCUUAGACUGCUUCCGUGGCCGAGCUUCCUCUCCCCACGUGCAGUAGAAGGUGUUCCGCGGAAGGUCCUCUGUGUGCUCCUUCUCUUGGGGCAAACUAAUCCCGGGUGUAGUCAUCAGGGAAAAGGAGCUCUGUGCCUCGCCCCUUCUCCUUCCUUUAGAGCUACCCUCUGCGCGUGUGAGUGUGCAUGCAGAUGUGUGUGUGAGCAUGUGUGUGUGCACGCGUGUGUGCGUGUGUACGCGAACGUGCGUGUGCACGUGGGAAGCAGCACUGCCUCUGUGUCGGCUCCCGCUCGGCUCCGAGUACCCCGGCCUCUGUCUUCUUUCUGAAUCCCCGCAUCUGCCAGUGAGUGCUGGGCUGUGCCCACCCAUUGGAGGGAUGUUUUGUGUUUGCUCCCUGUUAUUUUAAUUUUCAGCCUGGGUUCCCUACCCGAGGCCUUGUGUGAAAGCCGACACUGCCUUAGCCUUCCUGAAGAGGCCACCCUAAAGGGGAAGUUUGACUUCUAAGUUGCCUGCCUCUGGCUGGCUGUGGGACUUACUGGCACAUACCUCCCAGGGCCAGAUUCUUUACUCUUUUUCUUCUUUUUGUGGGCAGAAGUGGGAACUUAAGGAAUUUAUUCAUUGAAAACCAGAGUCAGUUCUCAAGUAUUACUCUGUGAAAACUGUUUGCCGCCACUCAGCGUUGUGCAUAUUCUGCUUGUGCCCACUGUGUCAUGUCCAAGCUGCAAGCAGGGCCGGCGUGGGCACUUCACAAUGUUACUGUUAAUUUUAAGUUCAUCUUGUAGAUUUGUCCACCUUUGCUCUGCCCCUUGGAAGCCGGGACGGGAGCUAUUUCUGACGGAUGGCAAAGUGGCCCCUGGGGCCUGGGGUCCGAUCCUUGGAACCAGCCCUCUUAAGAAGGAUAUCCGGGGGCAGACACAGUUCUCUCGUUGCAACUGGAAGCUUUUCCUAUUGGUCACCGCCUUUCUUAGUUGAAAAAUUUCACUUUAUGCAAAAGCCAUAUGCCUGCAAAGUCACCAUGUUUAAGUUCAUACUUCCAGGAGGUUUUUUUUUUAAUUGAAUAAAAAUGGAAUGCCCCGUGUAAAGGUUUCUCGGAGUGGAGUGAUCAGUGUACUUGAAAAAGGAAUGUUCUGGAGCCACUCUAAAGGAGCCCUGUGACGGGAAUAAGGCUGGGUGGGGAGACCUUUCGAAGCCUGCAAUGAGUUUAUGGGCUGGAAAGUCCAGACACAUCUUUCAUUGCAGGGAGGUCUUGGGUUAUCAUAUGAUCUUCAAGGGAAACAGAGGCUCUAGAAAAUUUGGGUGGUUCUGAGUUGUUAUUAAUUUCUAUUAAAAACUUACUCAUAAAAGGUAGUCCUCAGAUUGGGGCUUUUUAAGGGAAAAGUGGCACCAUGUACAAUGAAUUGUAACUUUGAAAAGCAUGUUAAUUUUUUAAGAAAUUUAAGUGUGCUUGGGAGUUCUUUAACUUUUGUGCAAUAAACUAUUUUUUGGUAAAGAUUUCCAUAU